GGCUAAGUUCAUCCCAGAAAAUAGGUCGCUCAUCAUCAACAACCGGUCCAUGGACUCCAGUAUAAACCCAUCUGAAAUUGUCCUCUUUCAUCUUAAACACACGAGACACAGAAAAUCCCCCCAUUCAUACGUCCGUUCUGGAUAACCAUCUGCUAUCCCACAUGACUAAGAUCCCGCCCGAAGUACCUAUAGCAUUCAAGGCCUCCUAUUCCACAAGCCGUCCUCCCCAUAAACUCCUAACCACCCCGUCAGGAAUGGCUGCCAGCUUGGUUUCUUGUAAACAAACAACUUGGGCACCCCACUUCCUUAAAACCCUCCUCUUGUUUAGAUCAUUGAGACCACGAACAUUCCAUGUAAUGAUUCGUAGCUUCAUUAAAAACCAGAUAAAAUUAUCUCCUUUCCUCCCUUCCUAAUACUUCUACUCCUGGUCCUUCCCCUUUCCAUCACCACUCGUCUAUUCCCGUCGUAGCUGACUUCAGAGACGAGAUUCUUUAUCUCCUAUGCCCCUUUCCAGGACGAUAAAGGUCUCGUGUUUAUAACUUUAAGGUUUGCCGAAAUGAAAACUGAGACAGCAUUUAACCUUUAACUUCAAACGAUCAUAUCUCACUCAUUUUAAAUCCAAAUUGGGUCAAAUUUGAGUCUAACUUCAAGGAUUUUGAGUCAGCUUUCCAAUGAAAUUAAUUUAACUCAAAAAUUCCAAUCGUGGAGAGAGUUAUAACCUUUUUAGUGUGGACUGCUCCAGAAUUAUUUGAAAACAAGGGGGCUAAUUGUGUGUGUCAGAUUUCUAGGAAAUAAAUUAGGAAAUUCAAUUUUUGAAAAUAAAAUCUGAAACUAAUAUUUCAGAUUUUAGUAGUUUCUGUUUCCUGUUUUCUAGCCUAGAGUUUUGCUGAUUUGAUUUGCUGAUUUUGUGGGCUUCCUGAUUUGGUGGCCUUCCUCUACUAUUUAUCUUGUAAUUGUCUCUCUUGAAAAAUAAGAAGAGUGAAUAUUUUUCUUCUUAAAAAAACCUUCAUGGUAUCAGAGCUUUGUGUUUUUUUUCUUUUUUCUUAUGAUGUCGUAUAAGUCGGCGAUGACCGGCGUCCAAGGAAAUCCUACCGUCUCUUCCGGUACUUCCGAAACCAUUCCGCCCAAUCCCACUAUUUCUCCCAUGAAUAUUCCGCCCAAUCCCACACCUGUAUCUGCCGAUUACUAUUCCCAGAAUUUAGCCCUUUAUCUAACGGUUACAAAACUCAAUGGGCAGAAUUAUCUCGAGUGGGCUCAGUCUGUAAAAUUGGCGAUCGAUGGCAGAGGCAAAAUUGGGCAUUUAACUGGCGAAAUAUUGUAACCUGCUGCUGGUGACCCUAAUCUGAAAAAAUGGCAGUCUGAAAAUUCUCUUGUUAUUGCUUGGCUCAUCAAUUCCAUGGAACCUACCAUUGGAAAACCUCACCUAUUUCUUUCCACUGCUCAAGAUGUCUGGGAGGCCGUUCGAGAUCUUUAUUCGGACCUGGAGAAUUCUUCUCAAAUAUUUGAGUUGAAAACUCGAUUCUGGAAAUCCAAACAGAAUGAUCGCGAUGUUACUACUUAUUAUAACGAAUUGGUAACUUUAUGGCAGGAACUUGAUCAGUGUUAUGAUGAUGUUUGGGAGAAUUCGAACGACUACGCUCGCCACAAGAAGAGAGAGGAAAACGACAGGGUUUACAUGUUUUUAGCCGGCCUUAAUCGGAGUUUGGAUGAGGUCCGAGGCCGCAUUCUUGGCAGAAAGCCAUUGCCCUCUAUUCGGGAAGUUUUUUCUGAAGUUAGACGUGAGGAGUUAAGGAGAAAAAUCAUGCUGUGCAACACCGAACAUGGGAGAAAUCUGGAACCUGAGAGCUCUGCUCUUGUGUUAAGAGGUGUUGAUUCUGACAACGACGGGUGCAAGAAAUCGUGGUGCGAGCAUUGCAAAAAACCAUGGCAUACGAAGGAGACGUGUUGGAAGCUUCAUGGUAAACCAGUAAAUUGGAAGCCAAAAUCCAAACGUGACGGUCGCGCCUACCAAGCCACUGCUGAAGAGACUCAGGAGCCUUCUACCAACUCGGAUGCAGUCUCUUUUACCAAGGAGCAAUUAGAGCACCUGUACAAAUUGUUUUCUCCAAAACUGUCCUUAACUCCGUCUUGUUCUUUGGUACAGAAGGGAAUUGGCCACGGGGAGGAUGAUUGGCAGUGCUAAGGAAAAAGAUGGACUCUAUUAUUUUGACGAUGGACCUGACUCGAGUAGACGAUGUCAAAGUACUUCUUUAAAUUCUGUUUUUGUUUCCAAAUAUAAUGAUAUUAUGUUAUGGCAUUAUAGGUUAGGCCAUCCUAGUUUUCAGUAUUUAAAAUAUUUGUUUCCCAAUUUAUUUUGGAAUAAAAGUCCAUCCUCCUUUCAAUGUGAUGUUUGUCAGUUUGCUAAACAUCAUCGUGCAUCUUUUUCCCCCCAACCCUACAAACCAACUACACCAUUUACUGUGAUUCAUAGUGAUAUCUGGGGCCCAUGUAGAACAUCUACGCAUUCUGGAAAAAAAUGGUUUGUGACCUUUAUUGAUGAUCACACGAGAUUAAGUUGGGUUUAUUUGAUGAAGGAAAAAUCUGAAGUGGGAACAAUUUUCAAAAAUUUUUACA